CGUUGUAAAUCCCGAGUUUGUAAAGAUUUAUCAUUUCUCGUUUGUUUUGGAAGCAUUAAUUUAUUCGUUUUUGACAUCGUUUAUGUGCCAAAAUAGUUUCUAUUAAUUUUCCUAGUUUAGUCGUGAAAGUUCUGCGAUUUCCUGGGAUUUUCAGCGGGCAUUCUGCAAGCUGAAUGAACCGAUGACACGUCACCAUCAGAUAUCCGCGACCCCCAUUCAUAUCUCCCGUUGAUCUUUGCACAGCCUGUGAUCUUUGCAUCCCGUUGGCAAUUGUCCGCUUAAUCAGCUAUCACAACCCCUUCAGCAUGCAUCCCGCGCAGCCGCCGUCCAACGCUCCCGUCGGCCUGCCGCAGCCACCGAGUUUCCCCAAGAAUCCCCUUGCGUCCGCCACGGCGCCGUCGUUUAACUCACAAUUUCAGCCCGCCAUGCAGAAUCUGGGGAAUCAGUUGGGGAAUAUGAGUAUGCGCCCGGAUUCCGCGCCCCAGAUGCCUCUGGUACAGCAGGCGCCCCGCGGUCCAUCCGGAUUGCCUUCUCCGUCGUCGCUACCGCAGUUCGCUGCAGCGCCGUUAUCCAAGCCUGCGCCUGCCCUGUCCAACGUCCCCCUCCCGCAGCAGAGUAGGGCGCCGCAGUUCGCUCCGGUGCAGACCAAUGGAAAUGGCACGAUACGGCCGUCGUCGUCGAUGCCAGCGUUUCCUAACGCCGCUGCACCACAGUCACUUCCCAGCACACCAAAUCCCGGAGGGUUGCCGGUGAAAUUCCCCCAGCCUCCCCGCUUCGCGAACGGUCCAUCCGUUCUCCCUUCGCCAACACUACCCCAACCUGCUCCGACAGGCCCUAAACUCCCCCAACAGUUCUCGCAACCCGAUUUAACCGCCCAGUCCUGGGCACCACCUGGCAUCGUCAACGGCCACACCGAUCACUCCGCACCUUCUGCCCCUGGUCCACACGCAGCCCCUUCCUUUGCACCACCCCACGCUGCGCCGAACGCCCCUGCACCGGGACCCUUGAUGCGUUAUCAGUACGGAGGCGUCGCGCAGCCGCAAGCCACCCAAACAGCCCCGCAGUCGGUGCCGAAUUACGCACCACAAGCGCCAAAUCAACAGGGUCUGCAGUCGCCGUUUAGCGCGCUGCAGCAGCCGGCGGCGGGAGGAUAUCAGCCGGCAGGGUAUGGUGGUGCCACGGAUGGGUAUGCGGCUCCCGGGGCUAUGGGCCAGCAGAACCAGUUUCAGGGUGCGCCACCUGGAAUGUUUCCACAAACGGGACAGGCUGGCGGACAGCAGUAUGGUGCCCCGGCCACUUCUCCGCUGAACACGUUUGGCGGUGCGCCGAUGAUGAAUGGACCACCACAGUUUAUGGGUCCAGGUGCGGCAGCUCCCGCUACGAGUCCGAUGGGUGAAGGCUUAAAUCCGGAAGGUGGUCGCUUAGUUAAUCUGAUGCAUUCUCGGAAUAUUCUCCCGCCAGACGGUCCGGAAAUUCCUCGACAGCCGAUGCGGAACCGCGAUUAUGCACCACCGGAAAAUUGCAGCCCCGAGAUAUUUCGGUGCACUUUGAACGCCAUCCCGAAAAGUCCGGCAUUGUUAUCGAAAUCGAGAUUACCAUUAGGAAUUCUCAUACAUCCCUUUAAAGAUUUAUCGACACUUCAAGUGCUGACCUGCACAACGAUCGUUCGAUGCCGCGCAUGUCGUUCGUACAUUAAUCCGUUUGUGAUGUUCGUGGAUCAGCAGCGUUGGAAGUGCAAUCUAUGCGAUCGCACCAAUGACCUCCCGCACGAAUUCUUUCAUGAUCCCGUUACGCACACGGUUGGCGAUGCGUCGCGGCGUCCAGAACUAAGAACAGCCACCAUUGAAUUUAUUGCUCCUCAGGAAUAUUCGCUCCGUCCUCCUCAACCAGCGAUUUAUGUAUUUCUUCUUGAUAUAUCCUUCAACGCUAUCGAAAGUCGGUAUUUGGAAUCGUUUUGUGAAAGAUUAUCAACAUGUUUGGAGCGACUACCUGGUGAUGCGCGGACGCAGAUUGCCUUUAUCGCUUUCGAUAGUGCUAUACAUUUUUUCCAACUGGAGUCGGAUUGGAGAAUGUUAACGGUAGCGGACAUCGAGGAUGUUUUCCUCCCAACGACUGAUGGAAUACUGAUCCGCCUCCACGAAAACAUAUCAGCGAUUCGGGAACUGUUAAAUCGUUUGCCGGGAAUGUUCCGCACACAGCGGGAUACGCAUUCUUGUACGGGUGCGGCGAUCCAAGCUGGUUAUAAACUGCUUACUCCGACGGGUGGUCGUAUUACCGUCAUGCAGACGGGCUUACCGACGAUCGGGCCCGGCGCUCUGAAAGCGCGAGAAGAUCCUAAUAUGCGCGCCGCCAAGGACAUAAAAAACCUCACACCGGCCACCGACUUUUACAAGACACUGGCGCUAGAGUGCUCGGAGCAUCAAGUCACUGUAGAUUUGUUUUUAUUGGCUGGGCAAUACUCGGAUCUGGCCUCGUUAGGUGGCAUUUCACGCUAUUCUGCCGGUUGUGUCCAUUAUUACCCAGGAUACAACGCCGUGACAAAUCCCGCACAACUGGAACGCUUUGAAGUGGAGUUGACACGCUACCUGCAGAGGAAGAUUGGUUUCGAGGCGGUUAUGCGGGUACGAUGCACCAACGGCCUGUCGAUGCAUACGUUCCAUGGGAAUUUCUUCGUGCGCUCCACGGACCUACUGUCAUUACCCAACAUUAAUCCGGAUGCGGGUUUUGCCGUCCAAAUUAAACUGGACGAAACUUUAAAUCACACCAACUCUGUGUGUUUCCAGGCCGCUUUGCUGUACACCUCCAGCAAAGGGGAGCGUCGCAUUCGUGUCCAUACAUUGCACUGUCCGGUGACUGACAGCAUCGGUGAUGUUUUUGCAUGCGCCGAUCAAGAAGCGAUUGCUUGUUUUAUCGGAAAAAUUGCUGCGGAGCGAGCACUUUCCCAUCCCAUGGCCGAAGUGCGCGACGGCGUAGUGUACGCCUGCGAAGACGCAUUAUCCUCCUUCACCCAGGUGGCCCGGAAUCAAGGCAACCAGCUACUGUCCCCUUAUUCCCUGCGUCUCGUACCCCUCUUCACUCAAGCAUUGCUCAAGAAUUUCGGCCUGCGUAUCGGCGUGAGCACCACCCUGGAUUUGCGGACAUAUUUCCUGUUGCACAUAAAAGCAGCUCCACUGUUUGAAGAAAUGAUCCUCAUCUAUCCGCACCUCUAUCCCGUGCAUGAUAUUCUCCAUGCCACGGAAUUCUUGAAUGCGGAUGAAGGCAUCCCGAAACUGCCGCGUCUCCAGUUGAGCUACGAACAGAUUGAUCUGCGCGGAGUGUAUUUACUGGAGGCGGCCCUGCACAUGAUCCUGUAUGUGGGGAAGGGCGUCAGUUCAGAAUUCUGUCGCGAUGUGUUCGAUUGUCUGACGUAUGAGCAGAUUAUUGAUCGAAAUACUGUGUUACCGGAGUUGGACAAUGAAACAUCGCGGCGUGUCAGAUCGUUUGUCCUGAGCCGAUAUGCCGCACGACCGCUACAUCCUGUUUUAGAGGUUAUCAAAGAAGAUAGUAAAGACCGUCUGAUAUUCCUGCAGUAUUUACAUGACGAUCGCUUGGAGUCCACGAGUGCUUAUUACGAAUUUUUAACCCAGCUUAGUCAAAAAAUCAAAGCAUCGUGAAGCCCGGAUUAGUUAUUUAAAUGUAUGAUUUUCACUGCGCACGAGUUGCGCACUUAACAAAUCCUUUCAGAAUGAUAGUUGUGAGUUUUGUUUUUAUUGAUCGCCAUGAUUUUAUGUUGCUGUUCAUGCAGUGCUUUUAAAGUGGCCAUUCCGUUAUUAUGUCCCGGUAUCAAUGAAAACUCGUUUGUGAAAUCAUUCCUUCCAGGAAAUUUUC